UACUAAUUCAGUCCUUUUCUCUCAAAACGGCAAAUGGAUCAAAAUUAAAACGGCAAAUCAAAGAUCAGUUCCCUUUGUCGGUUUCCUUCCAAAUCCAAGUCCACACCAUUUCUACUAAACAAAGAACGCAAGAAGAAAAAAAGAAAUGAAGAAUGACGAUACUCUGCCGACGACAACUGCAACGACAACAACGGCGUUAGCGAAUGUGAAGAAGGAAAGCUCAGAUUCGAGUUUAUUUGGUAAAGGUCGUUACAAGUUCUGGGCUUUAGCGGCGAUUUUGUUAUUGGCAUUCUGGUCGAUGUUCACCGGCACCGUUACUCUGCGGUGGUCAGCCGGUAACCUCAACCGUUUUUCAGAUGAUUUUGAUAGCCAUAUUCACGACGAUCUAGACGUUCUCGAAAUGGAGGAGAGAGAGAAGGUGGUGAAGCACAUGUGGGAUGUGUACACUAACAGCCGUCGGAUUAGAUUACCUAGGUUUUGGCAAGAGGCAUUUGAGGCUGCCUACGAGGAGUUGACCAGUGAUGUGCCUGGGGUUAGAGAGGAUGCAGUUAGUGAGAUCGCUAAGAUGUCCAUACGCUCCGUGGAUCUUGAUCCUCUUCCAGUCCAACCAACGAGUUUGAGGUCCAAUUAAGUGGCAUUUGUCAAGGUGGUGCAAGGACUUUGGUAUAUUUCAGAACAUGCAAGGGGAUGGAAACUUAAGGUUUGAUGGUUAAAGUUUUUAUAUUAUGGAAUUCUUUGGUACAUAUGGCCAAAAUGAAUAAGGGAUUAGGUCAAUUGAUUGACAUCAGAGCUUGGUAAAGUUUCUACUUGAAAUAGGUAGGUUUGUGCCUCUCAACCUCUUUGUCAGUUGCAGCAUAUCUGAAUUUGACAUGAAUUUGCAGCUGUAAACACCCUUUGUUUGCUGUAUGUAGUGUGUUUGUAAGGAAACAAAUGAACAAUGAGCUGAGGCAAACUCUCUUUUCUUACUAUGGAUUUCUUCUCCCCUUAUUUAUUGGUGUUCUACGAGUUCCAGUGAUUUGAUAUUGUUGACUUCCUCUUCAUGCUGGGAUCUAUACUGAAUAACAUAACCAUGUUAUAUGCUCUUGUACUUGGAGCACGGUUGCAGCAUGUUUAGUCUCAUGAUAAUUUCUGUUUUCCUGUCUUUUAAUGAUUGUCUCAAUUGGAAUGUCGUGAUAAUGGGGUUACUUUUA